AUGGCUGAUGCUGAGGAUAUCCAACCCCUUGUGUGUGACAAUGGAACUGGAAUGGUCAAGGCUGGAUUUGCUGGUGACGAUGCUCCAAGGGCCGUGUUCCCCAGUAUUGUUGGCCGACCUCGACACACUGGUGUGAUGGUUGGAAUGGGUCAGAAGGAUGCUUAUGUUGGUGAUGAAGCACAGUCAAAGAGAGGUAUCCUCACAUUGAAGUACCCAAUCGAACAUGGCAUAGUCAGCAAUUGGGAUGACAUGGAGAAGAUCUGGCAUCACACUUUCUACAAUGAGCUCCGAGUUUCCCCUGAAGAGCACCCUGUACUGCUAACAGAAGCACCAUUGAACCCCAAGGCUAACAGGGAGAAGAUGACCCAAAUUAUGUUUGAGACAUUCGAUGUUCCUGCCAUGUAUGUUGCUAUCCAAGCAGUUCUGUCUCUUUAUGCCAGUGGUCGGACAACAGGCAUUGUCUUGGAUUCUGGUGAUGGUGUCACCCACACAGUGCCAAUUUAUGAAGGUUAUUCCCUUCCCCAUGCCAUCCUUCGAUUGGACCUUGCCGGUCGGGAUCUGACAGAUUCCUUGAUGAAGAUCCUCACUGAGAGAGGCUACUCCUUCACUACAACUGCCGAGCGGGAAAUUGUCCGUGACAUGAAGGAGAAACUUGCUUAUGUUGCCCUUGAUUAUGAGCAGGAAUUGGAGACUGCCAAGAGCAGUUCUGCUGUGGAGAAAAGCUAUGAGUUGCCAGAUGGGCAAGUGAUCACAAUUGGAGCAGAGAGGUUCCGCUGCCCAGAAGUCCUAUUCCAGCCAUCACUCGUUGGAAUGGAAGCUGCUGGAAUUCAUGAAACCACAUACAACUCCAUCAUGAAGUGCGAUGUUGAUAUCAGGAAAGAUCUGUAUGGGAAUAUUGUGCUUAGUGGUGGUUCAACCAUGUUCCCUGGAAUCGCUGAUCGUAUGAGCAAGGAAAUCACUGCCCUUGCUCCCAGCAGCAUGAAGAUCAAGGUGGUGGCACCUCCAGAAAGAAAAUACAGUGUCUGGAUCGGAGGAUCAAUUUUAGCUUCUCUAAGCACUUUCCAGCAGAUGUGGAUAUCUAAGGGUGAGUAUGAUGAAUCUGGUCCAGCUAUUGUUCAUCGUAAAUGCUUCUAA